AUGGGCUCCGUUCAAAGACAAACUCCAGCUUACGGACAGCGUUUACUACCAACCUUGGUUGACGAAAAGGCUGUAAGCGAUCCUAAUCGUAUUAUAUAUUCUUAUGCGAGGACCACCAAAGCAGUAGAUGGUUUCGUCGAAGUAUCACAAAGACGCCUCGCCAAUGCAGUGAACAGAGCUGCUUGGUGGAUUGAGAAAUUGCUUGGAAAGGGCGAGAACUUCCCAUCCAUAGGAUAUGUUGGGGAUCUGAGAUAUCAAAUCCUUGCCAUAGCACUCGUCAAAGCAGGCUACAAGAUCCUCCUCAAUUCCCCAAGAAAUAGUGUCGAAGGACAUCUCAAUGUCAUAAAACAAGCCGAGUGUAACAUUUGGUUAUUACCCAGCCACAGUACUGGCAAUAUCCGUGAAGUCCUUAAGGUCCGUCCUAUGACUGUUCUCGACUGUCCAGAACUCGACUUCUUCCUCGACGAAACACCAGUUUCACAUUAUGCCUACAAUAAGACAUGGGCAGAGGCAUCUCAAGAGCCUGCUCUUGUCUUGCACACAUCUGGGUCAACAGGUCUUCCUAAACCUAUCGUUCUUCGACAUGCUUUAGGUGCCGUGAUGGACGCACAAAGCUUGGUGAAAUGCGAAAAUGGAGAAGCCCUUCACUCGGAUUUGUGGAAAGGAUCUAAAGCCUUUUCAAGUUUCCCAGCUUUCCAUGCUGCCGGUGUUUUUAUAAAUCUUUUCAGCGCAUUGUUUCACGAUAUCCAAAUUGUAUUGGCAUCACCAUCAGUUCCAGUAACUUCCAGUUUGGUGGACGAUAUGGUCGAGCAUGCUGGCAUUGAUUCUAUGAUGCUUGCUCCAUCAACAGUCGAAGAAAUUGCAUUCUCUCCCUCGAGUCUAGAGUUGAUUCAAAAGAAAAACAUCAAGUUCGUUUGCUUUGGCGGUGGACCAGUUGGACAAAAAGCUGGAGAUAUCCUUACCAAGAUCACAGUUCUGCAGAAUUUGAUUGGAAGCACAGAAGCUGGCCUUUUCGCACUCAUCUGGGCAGGAAGAGAAGAUUGGAGAUAUUUCAAAUUUCACGCCGACAAUGGUCUCAAAUUUGUUGAGAGAGGUGACGGUCUCUAUGAAAUGUUUGUUGUUCGAGAUUCAAAGUUUGAAAAGUUACAAGGAAUGUUCCAUACCUUCCCCGAGCUCAAUGAAAUUUCUACAAAUGAUUUAUAUUCCAAACACCCCACAAAAUCAGACAUGUGGCUCUAUCGGGGCAGAGCAGAUGAUAUCAUUGUCUUCUCAAACGGCGAGAAGCUAAAUCCUGUCACAAUGGAACAAACUAUCAACGAACACGAAUUAGUCCGCUCAGCAAUCAUUGUUGGUCAAGCUCGGUUCCAACCUGCUGUCAUCAUCGAGUUGAUCGACCCGGUGGAAGUAACCGAAGACAAUAAAAAGGAUUUGAUUUCUCGCAUCCAACCUUUCAUCGACGCUGCAAACAAAGGCUCGCCAACUCACGGUCAAAUCAAGGAUGGCUUUGUUAUGUUCGCUAAACCCGAGAAGCCAUUCUUGCGCGCUGGAAAGGGCACUGUUCAACGUGCAGCAACAAUCAAACUUUACGAACCAGAAAUCGAAGAGCUCUUCGCCAACACAGAAGGUGGCGAUGAUAGCAACCUCGAUACUAGUUCUUUGGAAUCAUUGACAUCCACAUUGAAGGAUUUGGUUGCUAAGAUAGCUAGCGUUAAUGAGCUUAGUGUCGAUGAGGACGUCUUUGCAAGCGGAUCAUUCGAUUCUUUACUCGUUUUUACUCUUUUGAGACAAUUGCGAUCAGCCUUAAAGAAGGACAAUGUCGAGACCGAGAAGCUACAAGCUAGUACCAUCUACAAAAACCCAACGGUCAAAUCUCUUGCAUCAGUUGUCUUCAAACUUGCUCGUCCAUUAGAGAACCAAGAAGAUUCUUCCAAAACCGACUUCGAAGAGAGACAAGCAAUGUUUGAGAAAUACGCCAAGGACUUGCCAAGCAAGACUUCCGGUACCACUGCUCAUGAUGCAAAUGCUAAGAUUUCCGUAAUCUUGACAGGAAGUACCGGAUCUAUGGGUAGUUACAUGCUCGACGAUUUGGUCGCCUUACCACACAUCUCCAGAGUCUAUGCACUUAACAGAGCUGUCAACGGUGAGGAGAGACAAAGAGGAGCCAGCUCAAGCCAUGGUCUCAACACCGAUUUCAGCAAAGUCACAUUCUUCAAGACAGACAUGUCGCAACCACGCUUUGGUCUCGACCAGGAAUCAUAUGAUGAAUUGUUGAAAAACGCCACUCAUAUUAUUCACAACCAAUGGCAAGUGGACUUUAACCUGAGUCUUGCAUCUUUUGAACCUCACAUCCGAGGUGUACGAAAUCUUAUUGAUUUCGCAGCACAAAGCAAGAAUAACGCUAUUGUAUCCUUCAUUUCUUCGAUCGGUGUUACGCAGGGAAAGAACUGGGAAAAGCCUGUUCCAGAACUUAUCAUUGAUGAUUGGAAUGCAGCGGCUAUGGGAUAUGGUUCAUCGAAACUUAUCUCUGAGGUGCUUUUGGCGGAAGCUAAUAAGGUUGGUGGUGUACGCACACAGGUACUUCGUGUUGGACAGGUAUCUGGACCUGUGAGGAAAGAGAAAGGAAGAUGGAAUAUCCAGGAAUGGUUCCCUACUAUCGUCUCAACGUCCCAAUACAUGAAAGCUGUUCCCACAACCCUCGCAGCCAUGAGCCGUAUUGACUGGGUCCCCGUCGACAUCCUCUCCCACAUAAUCCUCGACCUAGCCGACCUCUCCAAACCCUCUUCCUCUUCAUCCUCCACCCAAACCCCUUCUACCACCUCCCUGGUCCACCAUCUCCCCAUCCUCACCUCCCAAAUCGGCGCAGACUGCAAGAUCGUUUCCUGGGCAGAAUGGGUCACCCUCCUCCGCGAAUCCGCCGAGCGUGGAGAAAUCGCUCAGAAUCGGGGUAUCAAACUCUUGGAAUUUUACGAGGCGUUGGCAAAGGGAGCACCACUUGCGAAUUUGGAGACAGAGAAGACAGUUGCCAAGAGUGAGACUUUGAGACAGUUGGAGCCGGUUAAUGGAAGCUGGAUGGAGUUGUGGAUGAGACAGUGGGCUGCUUGA